GGCUCCAGCGGUGCCCGCGGGGAAUGUGACAUCAGCGGCGCCGGGCGCUUGCGGCUGGAGAAGGCAGCUCGCCUCGGCGGCGCCGUGCACACCUCGCCCCGGGGAGGACGCGGACGCGAGCAGGCGGCCGGAAUGUCGGCGAAGGAGAGGCCAAAGGGCAAAGUGAUCAAGGACAGCGUGACCCUCUUGCCCUGCUUCUAUUUCGUGGAGUUGCCUAUAUUGGCAUCAUCGGUGGUCAGCCUGUAUUUCCUUGAACUCACAGAUGUCUUCAAACCUGUGCACUCUGGAUUUAGCUGCUAUGACCGCAGUCUUAGCAUGCCGUAUAUUGAACCCACCCAGGAGGCAAUUCCAUUCCUUAUGUUGCUUAGCUUGGCUUUCGCUGGACCUGCAAUUACGAUUAUGGUAGGGGAAGGAAUUCUCUACUGUUGCCUGUCCAAAAGAAGAAAUGGGGUUGGACUGGAGCCCAACAUUAAUGCCGGAGGCUGCAACUUCAACUCCUUCCUUAGAAGAGCUGUCAGAUUCGUUGGUGUUCACGUGUUUGGACUGUGCUCUACAGCUCUCAUUACAGAUAUCAUACAGCUCUCCACAGGCUAUCAGGCGCCAUACUUUCUGACCGUGUGCAAGCCAAACUACACCUCUCUCAAUGUGUCUUGCAAAGAAAAUUCCUACAUUGUAGAAGAUAUUUGCUCAGGAUCUGACCUUACAGUGAUCAACAGUGGCAGAAAAUCAUUCCCUUCUCAACACGCAACCCUCGCUGCCUUUGCUGCUGUGUACGUUUCGAUGUACUUCAAUUCCACAUUAACGGAUUCCUCUAAGCUUCUGAAACCUCUCUUGGUCUUCACGUUUAUCAUCUGUGGGAUCAUCUGUGGGCUAACACGGAUAACUCAGUAUAAGAACCACCCAGUUGAUGUCUAUUGUGGCUUUUUAAUAGGAGGAGGAAUUGCUCUGUACUUGGGCCUGUAUGCUGUGGGCAAUUUUCUCCCUAGUGAAGAGACUAUGUUUCAUCACAGAGAAGCCCUCAGAUCUCUGACAGACCUCAACCAAGACCCCAGCAGGGUAUUAUCUGCUAAAAAUGGUAGCAGCAGUGAUGGAAUUGCUCACACAGAAGGCAUCCUCAACCGAAACCACAGAGAUGCCAGCUCCCUCAAAAGAGCAAAUGCUGAUGUAGAGAUCAUCACUCCACGGAGUCCCAUGGGGAAGGAGAACAUGGUUACCUUUAGCAAUACCCUGCCAAGAGCCAACACACCAUCCGUAGAAGACCCUGUUAGAAGAAAUGCCAGCAUUCAUGCCUCUAUGGAUUCUGCUCGGUCAAAGCAGCUUCUCACCCAGUGGAAGAAUAAGAAUGAAAGCCGGAAGUUGUCCCUGCAAGUUAUAGAGACUGAGCCUGGACAGUCACCACCCAGAUCCAUAGAAAUGAGGUCAAGCUCAGAGCCCUCCAGAGUAGGGGUGAAUGGAGAGCACCAUCCUCCCAGCAAUCAGUACCUCAAGAUCCAGCCUGGCACUGUCCCCGGGUGUAACAAUAGCAUGCCCGGAGGACCACGAGUGUCCAUCCAGUCCCGCCCGGGGUCCUCGCAGUUAGUGCACAUCCCCGAGGAGACGCAGGAAAACAUAAGCACCUCUCCCAAAAGCAGCUCUGCUCGGGCCAAGUGGUUGAAAGCUGCAGAGAAGACUGUGGCCUGUAAUAGAAGCAACAGCCAGCCCCGAAUAAUGCAAGUAAUAGCAAUGUCCAAGCAGCAGGGUGUCCUCCAAAGCAGCCCCAAGAACACCGAAGGCAGCACUGUCUCCUGCACUGGCUCCAUCCGCUACAAAACCUUGACAGACCACGAACCCAGUGGGAUCGUAAGGGUUGAGGCUCACCCGGAGAACAACAGGCCCAUCAUACAGAUCCCAUCCACCGAAGGCGAAGGCAGUGGCUCCUGGAAAUGGAAAGCCCCUGAAAAGGGCAGCCUUCGCCAAACUUAUGAGCUCAACGAUCUCAACAGGGACUCAGAAAGCUGUGAGUCCCUGAAAGACAGUUUUGGUUCCGGAGACCGCAAAAGAAGCAACAUAGAUAACAAUGAGCAUCACCACCAUGGAAUCACCACCAUCCGCGUCACCCCCGUAGAGGGCAGCGAAAUUGGUUCAGAGACGUUGUCUGUUUCUUCCUCCCGCGACUCUACCCUGCGGAGAAAGGGCAACAUCAUCUUAAUCCCUGAGAGAAGUAACAGCCCCGAAAACACUAGAAAUAUCUUCUACAAGGGAACCUCCCCAACACGGGCUUAUAAGGAUUGAGUGGUGGGAUUCAAUCACUUGAGCAACCACCCUCCUCCCCCCACCCCGCGCCCCCGAAAAGACCACGGGUUGAUUCUCCCUGUGCUCUGUUGCAGCGGAUUGGGAAGCCUUCUCAUCAAACUGGGUCAUUUAACCAUCAGCCCGGAACGCAAUGACUUGAGAACUACUACACACAAGCUUGUAGAUUUCGCAUCAAGGGGAGGGAAAAGCACAAUGCAAGAACCUAAUUAAUAUGAUAAUGUGAAGAAUCUUAAGACCUAUCUUCAAACUCAAAAGGUUUGCAGAAGGCAGUAUCAGAAGAAAGUGGUUUCCUUCAGUGUAUACUAUUUUACUUCCUGAAUGUGCCAACUUUAGGGAUUUUUCUUUAUAAUUAGCUGUGGGAAUCCAGAACACGUUUCCCUACAGCAGAGGCCAUGCAGUAUUAUAUAUUCAUUUUGCAGAAUCUGCGCCUACAGCCCAGUAAGGGUGGUGCUGAUUAUUAUAGUACACAUACCAUGUAAACUCUCAAAUUCUAUUUAGCUGUGAAAUAGUGGUGUGCAAUUCCUUGUCAAAGAAAUGCUACUGUAUUAAGAAGAUGCUGGCUGCUUUGUGUUAGAAUAGGACACCCCACAGCUUCUCUGUAGUGGCUCUGUCACCGUCAAAAAAUGAAAAGGUUUUGUGCAUUUCCUCAUUUCUCUGCUUUCUUCAAAAACAAAAAAAUGUGUAGGAAUAUUUUCAGUGAAAGGGAAUAACUAGUACUUUUCUACAUAGUUUUUUUGUGGUUUUUUUGCUGCUUACUUUUUAUUUAAGUGUAGGUACUACUGAAGAUUCUGUUUUUUUAGUGAGUCAACUUGUAUAAUUUAAGAAAUACGUUGUUUUAGAGUUUUUUGAAAUUGUUGUGAUCAUAUUUUGCAUCUUAUGGCUCCUCCUUUAUUUAUUAAUUAUUUUUUGAUAUCACAGAUAUGUUUUCUAUUUUUAAAGCAAGAAUAACAGUUGACAUUCCUUGAGCAAAACAUACUGCUGUGAAUUUAUGAAUAAGAAAUCUGAACCAACACUUGACAUUGUGAAUUACAUUGCCAGCAGUGUCGGUUGAGUCUACCCUGGGAUGUCCCCAGCUGCCUGGCUUAGGUUGCUAUCUUAAUUAGUAAUUUUUUAUAUUUUAAUAACCAGUAAAUUAGAGCAACAGUAGAUGGGCUUUACCUUCUUCCCUGAGAUAUUUUUGUUAAUUGGACAUCUAUAAACAGAAUCUGACAAAAAAAGUGCAAAUUGAUAAGUGAAAGUAUCUCACAGUAUAAAUUAGGAAUGUAUUUCUUCAAAAUAUCUAAACAGACACAGGCUUUGUGCUUAAUAUGCAAACAACAGUUUUGCUACCUAUCCUGAAUAGAGCCUUCAGCCUAAAUCAAAGGAAAACAAAUAUUAUCAAUAAGAAGAUAGAAUCAAAACAUUUGGAGGUGUUUUCCAACUUAAAAAUUUCAGUGUGGAGAAAUAUUUGGUUCUUGGAAUUUAGUAUCAAAUCUUUUUUACACCAUUUCUUAAGAAUUCUAAUACACACUUGAUGAUUGCCAAGGGGACAAAAGGUAACAAUAAGGCUGGUUGAUCCGAUCUGUUUUCAGUGAGAACAGAAGGGGUUGUUAAGACAUGAAGAGGAUCACAUCAUUAUCAACUUCCACAGGAAAAGGGCAAAGCUUCUAGAGUUAACCAACCUCCUAAGAGCAUUAGGGAUUUAGCUGAAACCAGCAGAAUUGAAAACUCUGGCAAUAAAAUAUGAUUCAACUAUAUCCCUUCUGGCAAUUUCCUUCUCAGAGAGGGGAGUGGGAGUAAAACGUUGCCUUCCCCACUUCUCACCACCGCCACCAUCACGGCACUCCUACUGGCUUUUGCCAUUUCAUAGAGAGAAAGGUGGACUGGUUUUAGUACUCUGAAGAAAAAAAUAAUAAAGCUGCAGCAUUUAAGGUGCAGUAUGAUAUUUCCUAGUCUUUCCUAUUUCUUAACAAAAGAUUUUAAAGUACUUCUCUAGUCAUUGAAGGUUUUUUUUCCUUUACAUAAAUAUUGAUAUAUUCUUUUUCUACUCAAAGUGCCAAAGGCUACAGUUUUUAAUGACUGAACAAAAUGUACCACAUUGUUAAGGAAAUAUAAUGAUAGUCGCUAGAACUCAGACCUCUGCAUGUAUAUUUGAUAAUACAUCUUUUGUAAAAAAAAUUACAAAAAAUAUUUGUUUACAUUCCACUGGUACCUUAAUUUAAAGUAAAUGAGACUAACAGGUGGUAUCUCUUCUUAGUGUUCUAUUUAUCUGAUUUGCUAAUGAGAGCACUUCUUCCUUGGUUAGGCUGUGCUUUACUGAUAAAACCAAGUAUUGAAUAAAGAGAGUAAUUAUCUUUUUAAAGUAAAUAAAAUUAUGAAAAUAUAUAUACUAUAUAUAAAGUAUUGUGUUUAAUAAAAUGUUAUGCAAUGUUUUCCAAACUGAUAAAGUUUGUAAAGUGCUAUAAUGUAUUUUGUUAAGUACAGAUUAAAGCUAUUGUGUGAGUAUAUUGUGCUAACAUCAUAGAAAUAAAGAUUAGAUUUCUUCAUCAAAA